GUGCUCGGUGGGGAGAUUUAGCUGCUUGUCUUCUCGUAACUUGAUGCAAGUCAUGUGUUAAGUACUUGUAUGUUCAGCUGAAAAGUCAGUUGCCCUUAUUCAAGCUUCUCUCAGGAAGAUCAGUGAGUCUGUCAGGACCAACAAGCGAGAAAAAAACCUCAAGCCUUACAGCAAGGACAUUUUUACAUUGUCUACCUGCAUCCUGACAUAGGAGAGGAAUGGUCUGUAACAGAAACUGUGGGCUCCUCACCGGGGCUGUCAUCGGUGCUGUGUUGGCUAUCUUUGGAGGAGUUCUGAUACCAGUUGGAGAUCACCUGAUAGGCAAAGCAAUAAAAAAGGAAGCUGUCAUUGCAAAUGGUACCAUUGCUUUUGAAAAUUGGCGUGUGCCAGGAAGUUCAGUUUACAGGCAAUUUUGGGUUUUCCAUGUGCAAAAUCCCUCAGAAGUAUUAGACCAAGGAGCACGUCCAAAACUUGAACAAAGAGGACCUUACACAUACAGGGUGCGAUAUUUACCCAAAGAAAAUAUCACGGAAAACUCUGAUGGCACAAUAUCCUACAUGUUGCCUAACAUUGCUCGUUUUGAACCUGAUAUGUCUGUUGGGACAGAAAAUGAUACCAUCACGUGCCUCAACCUUGCUGUUGUUGCUGCACCUUCCUUGUAUACAAAUACUUUUAUACAACUACUACUGAACACCUGGAUUAAAGCUUCUAAGUCAUCCAUGCUGCAGAACAGAACAGUGAAAGAGUUACUGUGGGGAUACAAAGAUCCCUUCUUAAGUAAGGUCCCCUUCCCCUUGGACCCAGUUCUGGGAGUCUUCUACCCGUAUAAUGGGACAUUCGACGGACUUUACAAAGUCUAUACUGGGAAAGAAGAUAUUAAAAAAACAGCCAUAAUUGAAAGCUAUAAAAACAAAAGCAAUCUUGCAUACUGGGAAGGCCACUGCGAUUUGGUUAAUGGCACAGAUGGGGCAUCGUUCCCACCAUUUGUUAAGAAGGAUCAGAUACUGCGCUUCUUCUCCUCUGACAUUUGCAGAUCAAUCUAUGGAGUUUUCCAGAGCAAGCAGGACGUGAAAGGAAUCUCACUCUAUCGUUUCGCAGUUCCUCGUGAAGCAUUUGCAUCACCUGCUGAAGUCAGAGAUAAUUAUUGCUUCUGUAGAGAUGAAGUCAUAUCAAAGAACUGCACAAUAGCUGGAGUCCUAGACAUUAGCACCUGCAAAGCAGGAAGACCAGUAUUUAUCUCUCUUCCGCAUUUUCUUCAUGCAAGUGAUUCUGUAUUGCAUGAUGUUGAAGGCCUGAGCCCAAAUGAGAAGGAGCACGAGACGUUUCUAGAUGUAGAGCCUAUCACUGGUUUUACACUACAGUUUGCGAAAAGGCUGCAAGUAAACCUCCUUGUGAAGCCUACACCAAAAAUUGAAGCUUUAUCAAAAGUUCAAAAACCUUAUAUUUUUCCUCUUCUUUGGCUAAAUGAGUCUGCUGUUAUUGGGGAUGCGAAAGCAGAAAUGUUCAGAAAUAAAGUCACUGGUCGGGUCCAGAUGCUGAGUGUGCUGCAGAUGGUGUUAAUCAUCACAGGUUCUGUGCUGUUCCUUGCAUUCAUGGGUUCCUAUUUCAUCUGCAGAUCCAAGAAAUUAAAAUAAGUAACAGAAGACUUCAGAGGUAGUCAAUGUUUAAUUGACAUUUCAGCCAAGCAGCAUGUUACAAUUCAGAGACAAAAGGUAUGAUUCAAGGCACAGUCAGUCCACAUGCUAUGGAAUUCAACGUGCUUUUCCAUUUUGAGAAGACCAACUCACUAACCCAAAUAAGCUGAUGUUUCCAAAGGUCCGCGCUUCUGACAUCAAUAACGAGACCACCAUGGAAACUAUGCUUUCAAAUAACUUUGAUUAUUUGAACCUUGUUACAAAUUUUAACUGACAUUCAAGCAGACUGAAGCUGAGGUGCAGUUGGAUUUUAGUCCACCUUCUGCCAUUUAAGCAACUUGCUACUUUUUUUUCUUCUGGGAUUUGCAAGACAAAUGAAAGCAGUUUGCUGAUGUUCUGUCUCUGAGCACAGGCUGGGAAUGACAACACCUUUGAGCUCAUGCUGUGCUCUAGAUGCUCUCAUUGCAACGUUUCUUUCUGUUCCUUCAAGGAAUGGAAGCUGCUGCAAUAGAACUGCUCUCUGUCCUCUAUUCAGGGAUGUGAAUUGCGUUGAAUGUGAAGUUUAAUAUGUAAGGUUACUAACUGUAAUACAUGAAGUUAAUAAAAGACUUAC